AUGGCCGGCGAUCCAGGGGGGCACUUCUCCCUUGCUCGGAUUCUGGAGCCUUUGCCUGUGCAGUGCACCGCGGCUUUCUGCGACGUGUUGGCGCACGUCGAUGCCACCCUCGCCUUGCCUGUCCUGAAAUGCGUCCUGUCCGAGCAGGGUUAUGGACAGGUCGACGACACUGUGCUGGCAAACGUUCUUUGGAAGGUGCAAACAUACUUGCCGAGCUUGGUGACCAACCGCUGCCAAACAGGCAAACUGGCAGCACGUUUGAAGGAAAUGCAGGAUGCGGCUCCAGAUGUUACCCUUGUUCGCAUUCCUGCUCGCCAAGGCGCGUGCCCGCACUGCGAGGGGAUCUCCCUCUGCCCGUGCCCGGGCAUCGACAAAUGCGCCCGCGGCCGAAAUUUGCCAAUUUUGGAAGCCGAAGCCGCCCGCGCGGGAACGCCACCAGAGAGCAAUGUUACCGUCCGGUAUAAAAUAUAUUCGUGGACCGCUGGCGUGCAGUACGCAGUGUUUGAAGAGAGCCGGUGCCCGAAGUGCUCGCGUUUCUUCUUGGGGGGAUGGUCCUACAGAAAGAACGUUGGCGAGCGUGGUCAGCCGACGUUCGGUCGCUGCACAGAUGUCAAGUUCGUGGGCAGUACGGUUGACGACCUGUACGUGGUCAUCCCCCGGCAGCAGAGUUAUUUUGCGGUGGAGACUCAUUUCCUGCGUGCAGUCACAGACCAAUUGGCGUUCAGCGGGGCCACCUUCACUUCCAUAGUACACGUGUGGGCCCGGCAGCACCGCAGCGCGAUCCAGGCCCGGUUGACUGUGGGAGAUGAUUUGACCCUUGUACAUCACACCCACGACUGCCUUGAACUCGCGUGGUUCACGUGGCAGGCCACGCGUUUGGCCGGCGACGCAGCUAAGGAGCAGACGUGGUCUUUCGAACUGUCGCAAUUUGAUGCGACGUUAGUCCAGCUGCAGCCUGCAUUCCGCAUGGCCAACUUGAGAAGAAUAGCUUCUCACGUGGCGUCGUGCCCGCGGUGCCAGCGUUUGCUCCUGGUCAUCGGCGACGGGAAGCGCGGGGCUUGCCGCCACGUCUGCGCCGGCACUGACGGGUCCAUCACCUAUCCAGACGUGGGCGCCACGCUGUACACGGGGUGCCGGGCACACGUCGGCGCCGAGCUGGCGCCGGCCCCGGACGGCGGCUUCGGCUUGGAGACCCGCUACGUCGUCGAAUGCAAGACCGUCGCCAGCGACGGGGAGCUCUUCGAAUUCUCGCUCCCGCGUUCCGAAGUGCGGCAGGAUCUCCUCGCGCAGUUCGAGAUCGGCAGUCUCCUCCUUCGGAGCGACCCGCGACAGAAGUUGCAGAAGCCGCCCACGUGGAAGAGCAAAUUGCAGAAGACGCUCUGGCAUAAGGGUGCCCGCGGUUCCUGCGCCCCGCAGCCGCCGCGGAGCAGCGCCAGCGGCGGGCUCAAGAGGAGCGCGCCGCCGCGGGUCGCCGCGGGGCGCGGCGCGCGCAAGAGGCGCGCGAUGGCGGAUGGCCCCCGCGCGCCGGCAUCCACUGGGCUCAGGAAGAGCGCGCCGCAGGGGGCCGCGGGGGCGCGCGGCAAGCGCCAAGGGCAGGCGAAGGCGAAGGCCGCCCCCGCGGGGGCAGCCGAGCCGCGCGGCCGGCGGCGGGGCAGCGCCGCGGCGCCCGCGCAGGCACUUGGGCGGGCGAAGCGCACGCCUAGCACUGCGGCCGCCGCUCGCCGCGACGCCGUCGGCUCCAAUUGGCUCUACGCUGCCCGCGAGGUGCCGGUCGAGAAAACGUCCUGCGGCAUCAGCAAAGAGAACGCGUCCGAGGCGCGGCGAAGGCGCUGCACGGGCGGUAUCGUGACCGCCGUUCUCCAGUGCGGCUAUCUGGCCGACUGGCAGGAAUUGUGGCGAGGGGAAGGCAUCGAGGUGAUGUACUUGUUCUUCCUCCGGCUGUUCAAGUAUCUUUCAGAGCUGAAGGCGGCGCUCCAAGUCAUAGGAUACGACAACGCGUGCCAGUUGCUCGCUUUCGCCAGGGCGAAGAGAGAGCUUCAGAAGCCGUGGUCCCAGGAGUUCGUGGAUAAGGUGAAGAUGAUCUUGGACGGCUUCCACAAGGGCAACCAUACGUGGUGCCUGAGCAAUCUACCAGAGGUGGAUCUCGACUCUGAGGAUAAUGCAGUGCUCAUGGCGGGCAAGAACACGCAGGCUUGCGAGCAAUUGAAUUCCUGGAUCAACGAGCGCACUGCGCCUGGGCGGGAGAUGACUCCAGGCCACUUCGGCGUGUACUGGUGGGCUUUGUUCACGGAGCACAACGAGUGGCUGGUCCAUCAGGCGGAGUGCAACCGCAGGAGGUACGCCUGCGGCAACAUGAAGCACGACCCGGACGUCUCUCGGCCAAGCCGACCGACAGAGGGCACGACGGCGUAGAUCGCUCGGGCGGGCCGGCGGCCCAGCCGAGAGACCGGUAAUGCGCUCUGUGUACUCGCGGUACUGGUGCUGUGUACUUGCCAGC